AGAUCACUCUUCAUUUGAAAUUCCCUCUGAGACUCUCUCUUUCUUGCACUAGUUCAAGUGAACCUAUUAAUUUUAUAUAUUCGCUGCGUUUGGCACUUGGUCUGCGUGUCUAGAAGACAACAUCAUCCACAGCUGCGAGAAUGCUUUCUACGUCGAAGUUACCCUGGCGAUCAGUUUCCUUCUUUGGAUGCCGAAGUUUGUCAGCUAUCGCAGACGUCCAGGCAGAGAAAUUGCAGCGACACAUUGAGAGGAAGUCAACACCACCAACAGAAGCAGAACAGCCCAAUGUCCGAUUCGGUCACACCUUCAGCGAUCACAUGCUGCAAGUAGCAUGGAACAGCGCUGAUGGUUGGGGUUCUCCACAGAUCGUUCCCUAUGGCAACCUCUCUCUUUCCCCAGCAGCCCCUGCCUUGCAUUAUGCAGUUGAGUGUUUUGAAGGAAUGAAGGCGUAUAGAGGAGCAGAUGGAAAAAUUCGAAUGUUUAGGCCGCUCGAGAACAUGAAGCGGAUGAACAAUUCAUGCCGCGUAUCUCGCCUUCCAGAGUUCAAUGGCGAAGAGGUGGCCACCUGCAUCAAGGAGCUUUUGCGUGUUGAUCGUGACUGGAUUCCAUCAGCUCCAGAUUGCUCAUUGUACAUUCGUCCAUCAGUAAUUGGCACCGAGCCCCACUUGGGUGUGAAUGCAUCAGGAGAAGCUCUGUUGUACGUCAUCACAUGCCCUGUCGGCCCCUACUUCAAGGACGGUGGAUUUAAACCGGUUCGUCUUCUUGCUGAUCCCAAGUAUGUGAGAGCCUGGCCAGGUGGUCAUGGAGCAUCUAAACUGGGCAGUAACUAUGGGCCCACGAUUUCACCACAGAAGGAAGCUGAAGCUCGUGACUGUUCACAAGUACUGUGGCUCUUUGGCCCUGAGCAGAAUAUCACAGAAGUUGGAACGAUGAAUAUGUUCAUGUUCUGGGUGAACAAAGCUGGUGAAAAGGAACUGGUCACACCUCCGCUGAAUGGAUUAAUUCUGCCCGGUGUAACGCGUGCAUCUCUUUUGGCACUAGCGCAGUCAUGGGGUGAGUGCAAGGUCACUGAACGUGACUUCACAAUGAAGGACAUCGUGGAAGCCAAGGCUGAAAAUCGGUUGAUUGAGAUGUUUGGAGCAGGAACAGCAUGUGUUGUAUCACCUGUUGGAAGCAUUCUCUAUGAAGACAAGAUUAUCGAAAUCCCAACAAUGGAUACUGGAGCCCAUAUUGCACGCAAGUGUCACAAAUCUCUCACUGACAUUCAGUACGGCCGUGUCAAGCAUGAAUGGUCAGUAGAUAUUGAUGAGUAAUCAUCCGCCUUGUUGGUACUCAGCAGUCAUUUCACUCGAGUUUUCGGUCAGGAUUAUUUGUGCUAGACGUAGAACACUCCAUUUGUCAAUAUGUUUUAACCACUUUCAGAGAUAUGUACUGUUUAACCGUUGCCGGUUCAACGUCAGAGAUGUACAAUUUCAAUUUGCCUCACACUCUUUAUUUACAACGUUUGUAAUCUUUCUUACUAGUGCCUUCCUGGUUGCUGCUGCUGCUGCUGCUGCUGCUGCUGCUGCUGCUGCUGCUGCUGCUGCUGCUGCUGCUGCUGCUGCUGCUGCUGCUGCUGCUGCUGCUGCUGCUGCUGCUGCUGCUGCUGCUGCUGUUCUUUAGGUAGAUAGUCACUGAGAUAGUCACUGAGACAGGCGUACUGUCCUGUGUUCACAGUUCACGGUUACUGGUAACUGCUGUCGUUAUUGAGUAAUCUGCAGAGAAAUAUUUUUGUUUUAGCUAUCAUGCCCCCUGGCUAGUCAUGUGAUCUGGUGUCUACGCUGCCCUUGCUAGCAUUCCAUUCAUUGAGCAUUGAGUAUCAGCCUUUGACCUGAGCACAAGUAAAUCAGCCUAGGUCCAGGGCACUACUGUAGUAGCAGCAUGUGAAAUGCACCUGCUUGUCAAGGUCUUUUCUUGCUUCUUGCUCUGUAAGUAGCUAUUUGCCUUAAAUUUUAAUUUUAGAGCCAGUAUGGUGCAAGUCAUGAUAACGUUACAAUGGUGAUGAUAA